GCGCCUGAUGGGUCGCUGUGACCGUGCGCCAGACAUGGCUUCCCUGGCCUGGUCCCUCGGUCGCCUACUGGGGAACGGUGGCAAAUCGGGGGCACUGCUGGGAGGCAGGUGGCUGCAGCCUGGGUCCCGGCUGGGGCUCCCCGACGCCGGAGGACUCCCCUGCCUGCAGCAGACGCGGAGCAGGACGCGCGGGAACGAGUACCAACCAAGCAACAUCAAACGCAAGCACAAGCACGGCUGGGUGCGGCGGCUGACCACGCCAAACGGGGUGCAGGUGAUUCUGCGGCGUAUGCUCAAGGGCCGAAAGUCGCUGAGCCACUGAAGAGUCCCGGGCCCGGCCCUGAAACGGGGACCCCGGCCCCAUACGCUGGCCAGCCUGGCAGCCCGGAGCCUGCCCACGAAGACCCUCGACACAACAACUCAGUUCUGCCCCAUUAAAGCAUAUCCGAUUCUCGUCGGGAUUUCUUUUGUAGAGAUCCCAGAAUGUCCUCAGUACAGGAUAAUGGCCCAUUUUAUUAUCUUUUUUAAGACACUUUAUACGUGUUAAGAAAUAAAAAGAC